AUGUACUGGCUAGCCGGUUUGGUUGGCUUGGCCGGUCUCGCGGCCUGGCAGUGGUCAGUGCGAAGUCCAUCGGUGUCUUUGGAUCAGCUAGUCCUAUCCCCUCAGAUCGUGGUCAUCGAUCCGCGGUCUAUCAAUGUUAUGGGGAAAGAUGGGAGCUUCCGAACGGAGGCGUUCAAGACACACUUCAACCCUACGAACGCGGCGCUUCCACACAUUCAGAUUUUCGACCCAUCCUUCCUCUCAGUCUUGGGUAGCUCUCCAUCCAUCAACCUUGUCGCGUCAGUUCCUGGUAUCCCAUUUGCUCACGAGGCGCCGGUAUGGCACCCAGACACCGAUCAAGUCUUUUUCUCCAGUCAUUGUGGAGAAGACCUCGGGUGGGGAAGCUGUGACGAGAAUAACUACAUCUCGAAGAUGGAGAUGAAAGAAGUGUAUACUGCGCUGUCAGGAGCGAGCGAUGUCACCUCUGCGGUAAACGUGUCUGUGACUGCUCUCGAUAUCCCCGACGCCAGGCAGAUGACGUGGGGUGCAACGGGCCCUUACCAUUCAAAUUUACUGCUCAUUAACUCUGGAAGAGGAGAGUUACCGUCUUCGUUGACGCUAGUGAAUCCGGCCCCUCCACACAACGUCACUGUGCUGUUAGACAACUUCUACGGAAGACCAUUCAACUCGCUCAACGAUGGAAAGAUUCACCCUAAAAGUCACAAGAUAUUCUUCACCGAUGUAACCUAUGGAUAUUUGAAGCACUUCCGCCCUCUCCCUAGCAUGCCCAAUCAAGUAUAUCGUUUUGACCCCGACACAGGCCAUGUGCGCGUAGUGACGGAUGUGUUGAUGAGGCCGAAUGGCCUGGCAUUCUCUCAAGACGGAAAGAUUGCAUAUGUGGGAGAUACGGGGGCAUCCGCCGGUUUUCUGGGCAGGAACCAGACAAAUCCCGCUGCGAUCUAUGAAUUUGACGUCGACCCUAAAACUCAAGUGUUCACUAACCCCCGUAUCUUCGCGUUCAUUGACACUGGCCUCCCUGACGGUAUCCAAGUGGAUACGAUGGGAAAUGUUUACUCAUCUUGUGGGGACGGCGUACACGUAUGGAAUAAGGAUGGUAUCCUGAUCGGCAAGUUCUUCACGGGCACCGUGUCGUGCAAUCUGGUCUUUGCUGGGCCGGGCAAGCUUGUCAUCCUCGCUCAGACCAAAGUCUAUCUGGCCCAAAUCGCCGCGAAAGGUACUAAGUUGGCGUAUCCGUAA